AUGGAGGACCAAGUACACAAACCGCAUAGGAAGCCGAAGGAGAAGAAGAAGCAUACCGGGCAGAACCCAAAGGCUUUUACUUUCUCAAAUCCCGGCAAGCUCGCGCGAAGCGCUGCUCGUUCGCAUGAUAUCAAAGAGAAGCGACUUCAUGUCCCGCUUGUUGACCGACUUCCCGAUGAACCACCACCGCGACUAGUCACGAUUGUUGGCCCUCCGGGCGUGGGAAAGACGACACUGCUGCGGUCUCUCAUCCGGAGAUACGCAAAGGAGACGAUUAUAGAUCCACAGGGCCCGAUCACGGUGGUCACGUCGAAGAAGCAACGUCUCACGUUCCUCGAAUGUCCCAAUGAGCUCGAGGCGAUGGUGGACAUUGCAAAGGUUGCCGACAUUGUCCUUCUGAUGAUCGACGGAAACUAUGGGUUCGAAAUGGAGACGAUGGAAUUUCUCAACAUUCUUGCGGCGACUGGUAUGCCUGGAAACGUGUUUGGGAUCCUCACGCACCUCGAUCUCUUUCGCAAACCGCAGGCGCUCAAGGACGCCAAAAAGAGGUUGAAGCAUCGUCUGUGGAACGAGCUCUACCAAGGGGCACAUUUGUUCUAUCUCUCCGGAGUGAUCAACGGCCGGUAUCCAGACCGCGAGAUUCACAAUCUAUCGCGCUUCCUUUCGGUAAUGAAGAGCCCGCGGCCAUUGAUCUGGAGAAACUCGCACCCGUACGCGGUGGUGGAUAGCUUUCGCGAUGUGACGCACCCGACGAAGAUCGAGGAGGACGAGAUGUGUGAUCGGUCGGUGGUGUUCUCGGGCUACCUGCGCGGCACGAACUUUGCGGCGCAAGGCCAACGAGUGCACAUUCCCGGACUCGGCGACUACACGAUCUCGAAGAUGGAGGCGCUGCCUGAUCCAUGUCCGACUCCGGCCAUGGAGCAGGCGAUAGCCAAAGCGACAGGGAAGACGGGACGGCGGCGCCUAGACGAGAAGGACCGGAAGCUGUAUGCACCGAUGUCGGACCGGAGCGGUCUCAAAAUCGACGGCGAUGCCAUCUACAUCUACCGCGAAAAGGGUUUUACAUUCGACAAGGACGGCGGCGGGGACUACGAGCGCGGUGAAGGCGAGGAGCUGAUCAUGGGACUCCAGGGCGAAAGAAAGCUUCUCGGUGAGACGGAUCGGGGGAUGCAGCUCUUUUCGAAGGGCAAGGAGGUACGAGAAGUGCUGGAGAACAACAAUGGGCGGAAGGAGCAACGCAAAGCGCGGGUGGCCGAAGUGGACGGUGGAUCUGACGGAGAGGAGGGUGCGUUUGGAGAAGACGACGGGUCUGAGGGCGAAAACGGGCCGGAAGACGAUGCUGGGUCCGACGUUGAGACGGAGUUUGAUGAGAAGAAACUCGGCAAGAUGUUCCGGGAUCGCGGUGACCGCGGCGGCGACAAGAAGGAAGAUCUUGCCUUUGCGGACAGCGAUUCUGACCUGGGGUCAUUGUCGGGCGACGAGGAGGCAGAAGACGAGAGUGGAGACGACAUUGAGGAAGACGAUUUGGAGGAAGACGAGGUUGACGAAGACGACUUCGACUCGGACGAAGAGGAGGCAGCAGUACGGUGGAAGGACAACAUUGCAGAACGGGCAAUGAGCCUGCACAAGCGGAAACGACCGUUCCAAGCAAAGGAGCUGGCAAGGAUGAUGUACGACAACGCGCUCCCAACAGCCCUGGUGGUAAAACGGUGGAGAGGAGAGGAGUCGGAGGAGAAGAAGGAGGACAAAGUCGGGGAGGGUGAGGCGGGCGAAGAGGACGAGUUCUUUAAGAAGACGCAGACCAAGGAGGGCGAAGAUGAGUCGGAAGACCGGGCGAUUCCGCUGCUGGACUACGAGGCGCUUGCACAACAGUGGACAAGCGAAGCAUUGGAGGCGCUGCGGCCCAGGUUUGCAACGGUGGUUAAGAAACGAGGUCGGGGUGGAGACGGCUCGUCAGACGAGGAGUUGGACGGAGAGGACGUUGAGGCAGACGAGGACGAAGAGGGAAGCGGAUUUGUCGAGGAGGACGAGGGCGACGGGGCGUUUGAGGAUUUGGAGACGGGCGAGAAGCACGGGCCGUCGUCGAAGAAGACGGAAGAGGCAGAGUUUGAAGACGAGCGAGAGAAGAACGCACGACGGAAAGAGGAGCUGCGGCUGCGAUUUGAGGAGGAGGACCGGGAAGGCGUUCACAAUGCCAAGGCGAUGACGCGUAAAGAAGCCGGGACGACGGCAGAUGAAUUUGGGGAGGACGAGUGGUACGACGCGCAGAAGUCGCUGAUGCAGAAGCAACUGGACAUCAACAAAGCAGAGUACGAGACGCUGGACGAGCGACAGCGGGUAGCAGUGGAAGGACUGCGAGCGGGACAAUACGCGCGAAUGGUGGUGGAAGGGGUGCCAGCAGAGAUGGUGCGGCUGUUCACUUCACGGAUGCCGCUGAUUGUGGGAGGACUGACAGCGACUGAGGAACGGUUCGGGUUUGUGCAGGUGCGGAUUAAACGGCACCGAUGGCACAAACGGAUUCUCAAGACGAAUGACCCGCUGAUCUUCUCGCUCGGAUGGCGACGCUUCCAGUCGAUGCCGGUGUACAGCAUCUCGGACUCGCGGACGCGCAACCGGAUGCUCAAGUACACGCCAGAACACAUGCACUGCUUUGCGCAGUUUUACGGGCCGUUUGUGGCGCCCAACACGGGCUUUGUGUGCUUCAAGUCGUUUGCGGCAGACGCGGUGGUGAACCAGCAAGGGCUGCGGAUCGCGGCGACGGGCACGGUGCUGAGCGUGGACGAGUCGACGGAGAUUGUCAAGAAGCUCAAGCUGACAGGCACGCCGUACAAGAUCUUCAAGAACACGGCCUUUAUCAAGGGCAUGUUCGGAUCGGCACUGGAGAUUGCCAAGUUUGAGGGCGCAGCCAUUAAAACGGUCUCGGGCAUUCGUGGCCAGAUCAAGCACGCGCUCAAGCAGGAAGGCGCGUUCCGGGCGACGUUUGAGGACAAGAUCCUGCUGAGCGACAUUGUCUUUUUGCGGGCGUGGUAUCCGGUGAAGCCGCGGCGGUUCUACAACCCGGUCACGAACCUGAUCGGCUGGCAGGCGAUGCGGCUGACGGGUGAGCUGCGCCGCACGCUCAGCAUUGCCACGCCACAGCAGCGCAACAGCCAGUAUCGCAAGAUCGAGCGGCAGGAGCGCCACUUUAACACGCUCAAGGUGCCGCGGCAGCUGGCGGCUUCGCUGCCGUUCCGCCAGCAGAUUGUGCGCACCAAGAAGCAGGGCCACAAGACGUACAUGCAGAAGCGGGCGGUCGUGGUCGGCGGCGAGGAGCGCCGUGUGCGCGACAUGCUGCAGAAGCUGACGACCAUCCGCAAGGACGUGUCGGCCAAGCGAGCCGUCAAGAAGGAAGCCAACCGAGCGGAACAUCGUCGCCAGCUGGCCGACGCGGCCGAGAAGCGGGCUGCCCGCGAGAAGCGCGAGACCAAGGAGUUCUGGAGUCGCGAGGGCAAGAAGCGCAUGGCCCAGGCUGACAGUGCUGGCGGGCAUCGGGCGAAGCGAAGCAAGAAGUAG